GAGCGAACGCACGCUGUGUUAUGAGCCACAUCGUCUUGACGAGGGCGUGGGGGAGGAGGCCGGUGAGCGGCACAACGGUGCACGACUUGGGGCUGUUGUUUUUUUACCACGGAGGUAUGCGGCGCGCGGACGUAAUUUCAGAGAUGCCAAAGCAAAGAGCCGCCCGUGCGUGUUUGAAAGGAAGCUUUGCCCAACGAAUGAUGGAGCGCUGCGAAAUACAGUACAUGUGUACGUUACGGAGGGCAUGUUGUUGCAGAAUGUUGCUUUUUUUUUCUCGUACGUUUUAAUAAUGGCAAGCCUGUAUUGUAAUUCAGCUGUGGCUAAUGAAAUUAAAAUUAAUGCAUUUUUUUCUAAAGCACGUUUUCAGGAUCCAAGGCGCAUUGCCAGUAAAAGCGGAACGUCGUUAGACCCAACGUUGGCCUCACGGUUCCAACCACGUGCCAACGUUGGCCCAACGUUGGCACAUUUACUGGGCUAUCGCGGUGCAAGACUGGUGGCGGCACUGCCAGCCGGUUGCUCAAUUAAAGGAUAUUAACAUCGCUUGGAGUUGUUGGGCAGUACACUUUGUAUUUUGAAUACACGCAUGCACAGUCACGAUAACACAGAACGGUGACUGCAGUGGUUACAGUGAGCACACGUGCCCGACGCGAACCUGGCGAGCUAGCCACGGCUUACACGAGUGACAUUCAAACGAGCCCUGCGCCCUCCACUCCACCGACCCGCACCGACCGGCGCGGCAAAGUACGGUCAAACAGCCCCCCAUAGCCGACACGGAACGGGAGAGCGGCAUUCAGCGGCGCAUCGACAAAAAAAAAGGGGCUGGAAAAAUUACUGCACUGUACCGUGGUACGAUAUGUUCUCUUGUUUAUAUUCCGUGCUGCAUUUGACCGCCGCCUAGGUUGAGCGCAGUGGGCAACAUCGCACGGCGGACGCACUUAGGGGCCACUGACGGGGCCGAAACGCAAGGUCGGCGCGAAGGUCAUUUCCACCUGCGUUGUCACGACACGCGCGGCGAGGGACCUUUUGCAGCGCCUGCGUCAAACUGGACGCAGGCGUAAAAUCUGCCAGGCGGUAAAAGCGGCCAGCGCGUGCGAUCGUCCGCGUUUAUGCGGCGUGAAAGGGUCACUGCCGGGCGCGUGCCAUGAUUUUCACCGGCCGGUUGCAUCACGUGCGGGUUAUAGCGGCUCCGUGCAAUCGUCGCAGAGUCGGAACUCGCCGGGGGACCGGAGGGUCCGGUGUACAGGCGGGCAUCUUAAAGGUUGGCGUAUGUGGACGUCUGUAGAAAAUUGCCACAAACGCCGGGAGCAAUCUGCCUUUGAAACAUGGGGCGUUGAUUCACCGUACUUGAGAAGCAAGUGAAUGCACGCGUCAAUGAGAGCACAUUACUCCGUGUGAAAUGGUCUGUUGUGAACAUAGACUGUACGUAUAUCAGUAUCCUUAUUUCGCAUCAUUUUGGGGUAGCAAUCUAAUUUUUUUACAUUUUGAUCGCCACCCAUUUCUCAUGAUUUUUCAUGAUCUAAUCUUUUGCCGCAUUAUAGAAAAUGAGACUGAGGUUUUCGUGAAUAAUGUAUGCUUUUCUCACUUUUUAUGGGGCUCUCUAAAGCUUCCCUCGAGUGGAGCCCCUUCCGCCAGCAGUGACGUGAGCAGAAUAUUGUAGGGCUGUAACUUUAUAUUUUCACCUUUCUACUUUUACUGCAGCGCUGAGCGACUAUCUACGAUUCAGCACCACUGCUACCUCCGCUGCCUCCGAGCAAGACAAAUGUGAACGGGCGAGGCCAAGGCACGGUCGUGCCGAGACCACUACGGUUCACGUGGGUCCGUGGUGAUAAAGAUGGAAAGAUACGUGGCUCGGAGAUGCUAUCGCUUUACCGGAACACGAUGGCAAAACAAUGUCACGAAAUGCUCUGCGAUGUUCCGUUGGCUUCAGCGCAGCUGCUCUGUUUGAGUUCAGCAGCGUGUAACGCGUUGCUGCGUUCUUUGAGUUAACGAUGUCUGCGGGAAAGGCCCGACGCAUUCCUGACUCUCAGGUUCAAGAAUCGGAACUGAAUUCUUCACCCGAAAAAUUCAAAAGAGGGGAUCGCUGGCGGCCAUCUCCGCGCAUAUGAGGCGUGCGUCCAGAUAGAUUGACAAGGAAGAAGGCGAAGCCGCCGGGAAACGCACCCCUUGGCUUUUCGCGGCAGGCUUUAGGACGGCGCCAGUAAGCCAUGUCGACGCAGACGCUCGGGGGCUGCUCUUUCACCUCGCCUUGGGUCUGAAGCCUGAGAGCCGUCUGCGUUUUACAGGCAACGCGUGCGGAUCAAAGUUACCGAUUCAAUUCCACGGUGUCGCGAUGGUUAAGGUUCUGUUAAGCUGAGAAGCCACGCGAUUGCUUGCAUGACCACGGCAAAGUAAGUACUUUUCUAAAUGAAGCACCCUCAGAAUUAAUGGAUACAUUUCGUAGACGUUACUGCAUCGCGGUGGCUUUAUCCAAAUAAAUUGAUUGUUUUACAUAAGUGUGGGUAAAUUGUAGUUUCAUUUGCUCUCUUAAAAUUCACAAAUGUAGUAAACAUACCGUAGACGCAUAGUCUGCAAGUGCAAUCUCUCAGUAACUUAAGUAGCUGUCACUCAGUAACUAAAACUGCCGUCGGUAACUGUCCUUUAUUACUCUCCGAGAAUGCAGCCGAAAGAACAACCACUGUCCCCCAUUUGUCCUUUCACUGUUACGGUCCAUGUCAGCCCCAGUUGUUUGUAGGCGAAAGACACAUUCAGUAAUUAUGAUGCAGGUUGGAGAAAGUGCUUUGGGAAAUGGACAAAAAGGCAGCUCGAACGAGCGAGGGGACGUAAAGAGCCAAGCGGAGGGACUUAACUCGGGCGGUGAUAGACGCUCUCUGUCCGACGCCGUGCUCGCGCAACGAUGCCUGGACACGUCGCGCAACUCGAACCCACAGCGCGGCGUCAGGGACCACGGCGCGGGGACCCCCGGACGCAACGUGUGGAUUUCGACCGACUUCGCCCGCAAGGCAGCACCGGCGCUCGGCGAUCUGAACGCCAACAGCGUCGCCGUCCACGGAGGAGUGGGACGCGUGGAAGCGUGCACCGGAGGGGAACGGGAGGCCCGUGCGGACGGACCGCCCGCGCGUUUUACGAACCAGGUUGAAGGAGGUAUGGCCAUGGACGUGAACAUUGGGAGAGCGUACGAGUGUGCGAAUGCGAAGGUGAGCAGCCAGCAGGCUGAUGAGUCGAGUUUUGUGUUUGGAGGUCAGGGUGGUCGGCUGGAAGAGGAGCCGGGAGGCGCUCAGCCUGGCUGUAAUUCCGCGUGCGCCGACAGCAGGGGAUGCCACGUGGACGAGGAAUUCUCGACGUACGUCACUGCCAGCGUUGAUUACGACCAGUGUCCAAGUCAGGCUCUGUCGUGCAAAGGAGAAAGCUCUGAGCUUGACAACCAGUGGAACGUAGACUUUGAUGAGCUGCCCGUUGAUAACGACGAACAGAGGAAGCGUGCGAGGCUGGAGCUGGGGCAUUCUUCGGAUGUUUCGACAACUGGACCAAACCUCACGACGGCUGCAGAUGAUGCCACUUGGUCGACCGACAUUUUAAACGACUCCCAAGAGACGUCUGCCUUUGUGGAGACAGGGAGACGAUGCAAACAAAGCCACCUCGUUUCUGACAGCGACCCCGUCUCAUCCGACUGCAUGGAUACGACCGAGGCACACAGUGUAAGCCAGAGUAGUUCAAGGCAGAUAAGAGUCCCCGGUGUUUUCCACCAAGAAUAUUUGGUGCUAUCUGUAGGAGGCUCAGGCACAGGACGCCUGGCGGGGCAGCCUCAGGGACACUGGCAAAUUUCUUCGGAUGAAUGCGACGAAGGCUUUUCAUCAAUUAAUCACUCUCAAGGUGGAGUUGUUGUUGAUGAAGAUGUUCUGGGGAGUUCAUCCGAGCCAGAAAAAUACGAGUCGGGCAUUCUGUGCAAAAGUAAAGACGAUUGUUCAGAAGCAAAACCAUCACGUGCCGAAGACUUGCUGAUGUUGGAGCCCGAAGGCGUUUUGUUAAAUGCGUCUUCAUUUCUGGAUCACGAAACUAAGAUGAUCACUCGUAAAGUUUUAACUGAGACGACCGCUGGCAAUCCUUUUGGUAAACUUGUAGGCGUUGUCGCGAGCGAAGAUGUUGAGCAAGUUGCAGUGGGAGAGGAACGGAGGGCGAACCAUGCCGUGGACAGUUUGUACGAACAAAAGUCCGAGGCAGCCUUUGUGCCAGACUGGGCCACAUUGGAGCACGAAUCGAUGGAACGCCUUAACGAGACCAAAAAUACCAGCCCGGCGUUCACCGCUCGAAGUGAUACCAAAGCAACGCCUGAAAACGAUGGAAACGUGGACUCACUGCCAGGCUUAGAUCGUGAAGUUUUGGGCGCUGCAGAAAAUAGAAAUCCUGCAGAUCAGAGCACUGGCGAUAACAUUCAUAACGACAAGGAAAGCGUGUCGGCUGAGAACACUACACUGGACACUUACGAUUCGUCGGAUGUUUUUCUCGCUCGAGACUACCUGUGCGGCAGCUCCACGGACUGCGUGGAGACCUCCGUGAGUGAGAUCAGCAGCUCGUCAGAGUUUGACCAUUCGGCGGCGGAGCCGAGGAUGAAAUCUAGCAGGGACGCCGAGCCUGACGUCCAGCGGACGGGCGGGACGUCCACCUCGGGGGCGCUCGCAGGCGAGACGGAGGGCGCGGUGGGUCUGGCGCGUCUCGCCGAAGGCGAGGUGGCGUCGCUGGCAUUUCCAAAGCUCAGACUGAAAAUGCCUCAAGCUGGAAACGUUCUGCCGGAGGUAGGGAGUCCCCCGGCGCUUGUGCGAUGUGAGCAUCGCGUGGAGAGUGAGACUCGCAUUGAGGAUCAGUUGGUUGCUGUCACUAGCGACUUAAACUCAAGUGGUAGCUUAGAAGUGUACGAUGGUAUUCUUACACGACAAGGAUUUUUGGAUAUAAUGUCAUUUGAUAGAAAUAUGUUUCCUUCCUUGCGCAUGGAAGCUCCAAUGGAAGAUAUGACCACGUCCGAGCCGGUGUUUUUGACAGAAGUUGGACUCGAAGUGGAAUCGGAGAACGGGGAAAUUCAAACGGAGCGGUCAAACGCGAUCCAAGCUGCUUUGAACACCAACAAGGUGGACAGUAAAACCAGCUCGCCGAUUAAAAAAACGCCGAGGAGAUCGAUGGCUCGACUGAUCGCGAGACCAAGCCCGAAGAACGUGAAAACGAAGGUAGACGGCCAGGCCGCGCAUUCGCCCCGUCCGCUCAAACGAUCGGCGUCGGUCGUGGAGCCGAAGGUGACGCGCUCCCCGUCGUUCGCCGACUGCUCUCCGAGCUCCCCGGCUUCGCUCAACUCCCCUGCGCCGCGCGGCCCACCGAAGGUGACCACCGCCAACGGCAAGCCGCCGAGGCCGACGGACGCGGUGCCUCCGGUCGCCCAGCGAGGAGGCGCCGGGCGGCCGUUUACCGCGCCGACGGGCGGCGGCUCGCACGCGAGGGCGGUGCGCACGCUCAGCUUCGUCUCCCGCAUCCCCGGGCUGCGGAGGGCGUCGUCGGGGGUCAGGCUGUCGGCGAGCAUCUCGGUGAAGGCCGACAGCAGCAUGGCCGAGCAGACGUCGGAGGCGAGCUUCAACUCAAUGGAGAGCGCGAGCGAAACCAGCAGGUCCGCUGAGAACAGCAAAAAAAGUUUAGCCUCCAGCUCGUCGGCCGCGGCGGCACCCCCGGCACGGCCUCCGCUCGCGCACCGCCCAGAGCCGGGGCCGCGCGCUGGGCCCGGGUCGGCGCGCCAGGCCUCGCGUACUCAGGCUCAGGCGAGGGCCGGGCUCUCUCCGCCCGCAGCCAGGCCGAAACAGAAUGAGCUCCCGAUGACCUCCAACCUCGGAGGCGCGGCGGUGGGGAGCGCGAGGCCCGCGGAAGCAGGACCAAGCAGGACCCCGGCGCAGCCCGGCACGGCCGCGAACGCCGGCAGACCUCCUCGGGCGAGACCCACCUCCUUGCUUCCGGCGCCGGCAAAAUCGACGUCCGCUCGGUGCCUGCCGACCCCCACGGCGCCGCCGCCGCCACCGUGGGGCGCUUCCCGGCCGUCGUCCGCGCCGGCUCCGGCUCGGGUGCCCGGCCCGCAGCAGUCCGGCCCCUCGCGGCCGCUCCGCUCGUCGGCCGCGGGUUCGCGACCUCCGCCCGCGACUUCCGCCGCCGCCGCCGCCGCCCGUCCUCGCAGCGCCAGCAGCUCGUCCGUCGGCAGCAACCAGAGCGCGGCCAGCAAGGUCUCCGACGCGUCUGUCCACCCUGCCAGGCGAGUCUGGGACAUCCGGGCACGCAUAGCCUUGCCGCAGUUUGUCGGGUCGGCGUCUCUGCGCAACGGAACGUCGCGGCACCCCGCGAGCCCCGGCAGGACUCCAGCACGGACGCCCACCGGCACCGGCACCGACCCUCGCCCAGCGCUGCCCACGCAGCCCUGUGCCAACGCCACCGCUGCCGCCGCCAGAGACGACGCGGGCAACGGCAGUGUCAAGCGGCUCGCGGUCCCCACUCCACGCGGGCGAGGGUCAUCGGCCUCCCACCAUGCCACCCCAGGGAGGCAGCGUCGUGCGGCAGAGACGGGCAAAGAGCGCGGCGGGGUGGCACGCGGCGGCUUCCGGGCGGCGAGGCCCCCGGCGGCCGAGACGGACGCCGGGGGCCUCCCUCCGGGCCCGACGACGGAGCUGGCGCUGGCGGAGAGCGAGCGGCGGGCCCUGGCGCUGGCGGAGCGGUGCGCGCGGCAGGCGCGCCAGCUGCAGCGCCAGCUGGAGGGGAGCGCCGGCAACCUGCGCGCCCUGGACGCGCUGGCCGUCGUGCUGCAGCACACUCACGCCAAGCAUGCGGAGGCCGUGCGGAAGGACCGGGAGCUCUCUCUCGUCAUACACAAUGUGCAGGAGGAGCUCGCGAGCAGCGCGGCGCGGUGCGAGGCGCUGCAGCUCGACAAGGAGGAGCUGCACGACAGGUGGCGGCGGGAGGCGGAGAGGGCCGGGGAGGAGCACGCGCUGGCGCUGUGUUCGCUGCGCGACGGCCUGAGGCUGCAGCACGAGGCCGAGCGCGACGCCCUUCGGCGCGAGCACCUCGCCGCCCUGGGCGAGCUCCGCGUGCAGCACCGCGAGCAGCUGGAAGAGUUGCAGUCAAAUCAGGAGUCCCUGGCACAGGAGAUCGAGGUCCGUCACAGUGAGGAGAUAUACUCACUGAAGGAGCAACAGGCUAAAGUGCAAGACGAGCUCAAAAGGAGCCAUGACUCAGAGAAGAAAGCGUUACAAGAGGAGUUUGAGCGGACCAGGCUAUUAUUGCAGGACCAGGUGGACACGCUGACCUUUCAGAACGGCUCCCUGAAGGACAAGGCGCGGCGCUUUGAGGAGGCCCUGCAGAGGGACAGCGCCGAGACCGUGCAGGCUGCACUGGCGCCCUACCAGCACAUCCAAGAGGAGAUGGCGAGCCUGCAGGCCGUGCUGGAGAUGCGUGCGCACACCAUCCACCAGCAGCAGAACCGAAUCCUCGAGCUGGAGAAGCUGGAUGAGACAAAUGUUGCAUUGAAAGAGAAAGUGAGGGCCUUGACCCAGCAGAAUGAAGAACUGAAGGCUCGUGUCAACAAGAACAGUGCUAUGACCAGACAGCUGUCGUUUGAGCACUCGGCUCUACAGGAGACGCUCGUGAAGGAGUCAAAGACGAACAAGCGGCUCUCGAUGGAGAACGAGGAGCUGAUGUGGCGGUUGCAAAACGGCGAGGGUCUGGGCAGCCCGGGCAAGGGCUCUCCCUCCUCCACCUCCUCGUCCAUCUCCUUUCGGUUCCCUCCGUCCCGCAGCCCGGCCUCCAUGUCUCCGUCCCGCUCGAUCGCGUCGCCCGCUUUGUCCCCGACGCACGGGGGAGGGGGGCCCCACGGCACGCCGGCCAGGGUGGUGGUCUACCCGGCACCGUCGCCGACCCACUCGCUGGGAACCCCCGUGCGCUCCUUGGCUCUCGCGUCGCCCUCCCGGGGCCACGCGUCGCCCGCGCGAUCGCCAGCGUCGCCCUCGCAGGCGGCGGUGUCGGCGCCGUCUCCCGCGCGAACGCCCGUGUCGGAGUGUGCCACCGACGUGCCCAGAUGACGGACAGACGAUGCCGCCGGUGCCGCGUUGGCUGCCGAGAGGGCCCCACAGCCUUGUCCGUUUGCUUUAAAAAAAAAAAGAGAAACCUAUUUAAAAGUUAUUUUUGGCAGCACUUCACCCUUGGCAGUGAUGGGACUGUGCUUGCGUGUGCAGGUGCAAGUGCUUUCAGAUGAGAAGUCUUUUAAUGAGGUUCCUGCCUUCCAGACUUUACUCAUCGUAUUGUCACCGUUGUUGCUCAGCUCAGGAGUGUCUUCUUUCACUUUUUAAAGAAGGAUGGUGGAAUGUGCUGCACCCAAGCUACGUCCACUCGCCCUUCAGUUUUUUGUUGUUGUUGUUUCCUCUAUGCCACGUAGGGCUUCGUUGCGGAUCAAUUGCGGGAAUCUCUUGCCGAAGACGAUGCACUACAGACAGCCUAACGUCCGCACGCAGCACAUUUGACUGCGUCGCAUCCUAUGAAACGCCCGGUUCAGCAAAAUGGGAACACGUUUUCUUACAAAGCCAUCAGCAUGCCGUGCUUUAACAUGCUUGUGUUCAAGGAUACCUUGGUGGUAUUUCUAAAUGCUAAAGUUCUAAAGGUUAGGAACGAACGUCUGCCAGUGAUUGUUUCAAAAUGAUCGUGACUCAAACAAUUGAGUAAAUAGCUGUAAUUUUCACGUGGCAGAAUUGACUUGGACAAGUUUUAUUUUAGGAGCUACAGCACAAACACACGGAUGAAAAUUAAAACAUUAGCAUCACUUUAAGAGCAGAAUUAGUGGGGGUAAGGAAUUCUGAUAGUUUCCAACCUCUGCAAUGAAUCAGCGAGCAUUGUUUUUAUUUACUACAGCUAGUAUAUGCGGCUAGACUAUUUUGUGUUCACAAAAUGAGAACAUAAAAAGCGUACGUUGCAUACCUACCUGGUACUGAAAUGAAAACAAUUACAGAAUCUCAAAAUCAUAAUUUUGCUUGGACAAAUCGUAGCCCAUAAGUCUCCAUGAGUCUCUUUAUUCAUGGACAAAUCACUGAUGAGAAAAUGUGUUGUGUUUGGAAUCAUUCAACUGGCAGAAAUUUUCAAAAAGGAAUUGCCAGGGAUUGUAUUGUUCGGUUGUAUUGCACUUGAUCUAUAUAUACCGUAUAUAUAAUGCGCAUUAAAUAUAUUGUACGAGUAAUUUAUUUUGCCAGCUUUUGCGAAGCUUCAAACAGUUCUGGAUAAAUGUUUGUUUAAAUUCCCAACUCAUGCAGGAUACAGUUCAUGUAUUUGACCCAAGUGUAAGGAAUUUCUCUAUUUCACAAAAUAUGUUGGAAUUGACUUUCGUAAGCCCAUGUAAUGCUGUAUAUUUGUUCAAAGCGAUCUGAAAGUCCUGCCUCUUUUGUCAAAAACACUGCAUUUUAAUGCGUGAUGUUAUUUUUGCAGGUCAUGUAAAAAAGCAGUACAUGAUUUAAAAAAGAAAACCCUCGAAUUAAUUUAGACCUUGUGUCUGUGGGUUGUUAGUAUAUCUAUUGCAUGAACUUACAGAAUCUAAACGGGUUACUGAUUGGAAGAAACCGCAUAAUUGUUGUGGCUUUGCUUGCAAAAAAGGAAAAUGUCUUGAACAGGAAACCACAUUUAAAGGCGAAAAUAGCGUGUUAUGGAAAAUUGUGUCUGUUCAGUAAACAUUACUGUCAAGAGGGCUAUAUUUGGGACAUAAAUGUAAACCAGGACCGAAAUGUUGAUUGCAGUUGCAUUUAAAAACGUGCAACAGUAAUUUUAGGGACCCCUUUUUAAAUGAAAAUGACAGUUCACAAAUGAGAAUUCAAAAACUAAAGUAAAUAAUUAGCGUGUAAUUUAAAAUGGAGGUUAUUUUUAAGGUGCAUUGGGCAUUAGGAAUACCGUUCAUCUUCACACAGUCUACAACUACCGCUUUACUUGGGUAUGUCUCGACUUUAAGUCAUAUUCAUUUGCCCUUGAUCUCAGCCAAAAACUAUAUCAUUGCAAAUAAAAUAAACCUUCCAAAGGGGUGUGUAUUGUU